AUGUAUUUUUUACCUCACUUAACUAAUGGUUGGCAAGUAGACCAAGCUAUCUUGUCAGAAGAAGACCGUGUUGUAGUCAUUCGAUUUGGACACGAUUGGGACCCUACUUGUAUGCAAAUGGAUGAAAUUCUUUACAGUAUUGCUGAAAAAGUAAAGAAUUUUGCAGUUAUUUAUUUGGUUGAUAUUACUGAAGUUCCAGAUUUCAAUAAGAUGUACGAAUUAUAUGAUCCAUGCACAACCAUGUUCUUUUUCCGUAACAAGCAUAUCAUGGUUGAUUUAGGUACAGGUAACAACAACAAGAUCAAUUGGGCCCUGGAUGAUAAGCAAGAAAUGAUUGAUUUGAUAGAAACUGUUUAUCGUGGUGCAAGAAAAGGAAGAGGUUUAGUGGUGUCCCUCAAGGAUUAUUCAACAAAAUACCAAUACUAG